AUGGGUUACCAAUUCCAGGUCCUCUACCCCAACGACGAGGGCUCCUCGUUCAAUCUGGACUACUACGUCAACAAACACAUGCCGAUGGUCAUGGAGAGAUGGGGCAAGUUCGGUCUGAAGGGGUACACCGUGACCGAGUACAAGCCCGGCGCGGACGGCGCGAAGCCCAAGUACAGCGCUGCGGGCUUCUUGUUCUGGGACACGGCAGAAGAUUUACAAGCCGCCCUGGCUUCACAGGAAGACUUGACCGCCAUCUUCGCCGACGUUCCAAACUACGCCAACGUCGAGCCCGUCGUCCUCUCUGGACCCGUCGUGGGGUCGAAGUAA